CAUGGCGGGGUUCAACUAGGGAGAGACCCAAUUCACUCCCCCAGUUUUUUCUUAGAUACAUUUCGCUCUGCCCGCUGCUCCUCGUCUACCCUAUGCAUUGCAGCUGUACGGAAAAAUAACUGUGCUGACAGAGUCUGGGCUGCAAACGAAGGAGAGGCAUAGCCAGUAAUUUUAAAACAGAAUGGCGGACCGUGAUACAGUACCCCUUCCCUUGGAGGUGAGAGCCAGGCUAGCGGAGCUGGAAUUGGAGCUAUCGGAAGGUGACAUCACACAGAAGGGCUACGAGAAGAAGCGGGCAAAGUUAAUCGGGGCCUACCUCCCGCAGCCUCCCGGUAGGGGAGCCGAGUCAUCCAUGGCCCACGAGCGCAGACCCCCCCUCGCUCCGUCAUCCUCCUCUUCCUCUCGCUACCACCGGCGUCGCUCGUCCGGGUCCCGGGACGAGAGAUACAGAUCAGAUGUUCACACGGAGGCUGUGCAGGCUGCCCUUGCCAAACACAAAGAGCGCAAGAUGGCUGUGCCGAUGCCGUCCAAACGCCGUUCCCUGGUGGUCCAGACCUCCAUGGAUGCCUACACACCUCCGGAUACGUCGUCAGGAUCUGAGGGGGAGGGCCAGGGGGAGGGCACUCCCACCUCCAGCCAGGGCAGCGUCAGCAUGGAGCACUGGAUCACCACCUCCUCUACCACCUCGUCUUCGUCCACCCACAGCGGGGGCAGUGGGGCCGCAAGCCGCCUGGCCGACGUCAUGGCUCACGCCCACAUCGGGCCCAUCGCCCACCUCUCACUGAGGAGGAAAGCGGGGCCCAGCGCUGUAGAGAACGGAAACUCAUUCCGCCGCUCCUGCGAGUUUGGAUCUGAGAUGGCCUGGCGAACGCCCCUGGAGUCGGAGGGUCAGUAUCCCAGAAUGCUGAGCAGCAAGCGCAUCCUCCCCACCCGCCCAUCAGAAAAUCAUUCGGCCCCCCCAGACAUCACCACCUACACUGCUGAGUUCCCACAGUUGGAGAGGCCACAGGUUUCCACCGUACCACGAGUUGCGCCCAAGUACGGCAACGCAGAGCUCAUGGAGACUGGAGACGGAGUGCCGGUCAGCAGUCGUGUUUCAGCUAAAAUCCAGCAGCUGGUGAACACGUUGAAACAGCCUAAGCGGCCUCCUCUUAGAGAGUUCUUUGUUGAUGAUUUUGAAGAACUCCUGGAAGUCCAGCAGCCGGACCCGAACCAGCCACGGCCGGAGGGGGCCCAGAUGCUGGCCAUGCGGGGGGAGCAGCUGGGCGUGGUCACCAACUGGCCCCCCUCUCUAGAGGCGGCGCUGCAGCGUUGGGGCACCAUCUCCCCCAAAGCCCCCUGCCUGACCACCAUGGACACCAACGGCAAGCCCCUCUAUAUCCUGACCUAUGGUAAGCUGUGGAGUCGCUGCAUGAAGGUAGCCUACAACAUUCUCCACAAACUGGGGACCAAGCUGGAGCCCAUGGUCCGACCGGGAGACCGGGUGGCCCUGGUAUUCCCCAACAAUGACCCUGCGGCGUUCAUGGUAGCAUUCUACGGCUGCCUGCUGGCGGAGGUCGUUCCUGUGCCGAUUGAAGUGCCGCUGACCCGGAAGGAUGCUGGGAGUCAGCAGAUAGGUUUUCUGCUCGGAAGUUGUGGAGUCACGGUGGCCUUGACCAGCGACGCCUGCCACAAAGGCCUACCCAAGAGCCCCACAGGGGAGAUCCCGCAGUUCAAAGGCUGGCCUAAACUGCUCUGGUUUGUCACGGAAUCCAAGCACUUGUCCAAGACCCCCAGAGACUGGUUCCCACACAUCAAGGACGCCAAUAACGACACUGCCUACAUCGAGUAUAAAACCUGCAAGGACGGAAGUGUUCUGGGAGUGACUGUGACGCGCACGGCCCUGCUGACGCACUGCCAGUCCCUCACGCAGUCCUGCGGGUACACAGAAGCUGAGACCAUUGUGAAUGUAUUAGACUUUAAGAAGGAUGUGGGUCUUUGGCAUGGGAUCCUUACGAGUGUCAUGAACAUGAUGCACGUCAUUUGCAUCCCCUACUCCCUCAUGAAGGUCAACCCGCUCUCUUGGAUCCAGAAAGUUUGCCAAUACAAAGCGAAAGUGGCCUGUGUGAAGUCUCGAGACAUGCACUGGGCGCUGGUGGCUCAUCGGGACCAGAGAGACAUCAACCUCGCCUCCCUCCGCAUGCUGGUGGUCGCAGAUGGAUCCAACCCCUGGUCAAUCUCGUCCUGCGACGCCUUCCUUAAUGUCUUCCAGAGCAAAGGCCUAAGAGCAGAGGUCAUCUGCCCCUGCGCCAGCUCUCCAGAAGCCCUGACCGUCGCUAUCCGGAGACCCACAGAUGACAGUAACCAGCCGCCGGGUCGAGGGGCGCUGUCCAUGCAGGGCCUGAGUCACGGGGUGAUCCGGGUGGAUUCGGAAGAGCGGCUGUCCGUGCUGACGGUGCAGGAUGUGGGCACCGUGAUGCCGGGAGCGCUGAUGUGCGUGGUGAAGCCGGACAGCGUUCCUCUGCUCUGCAGGACCGAUGAGAUUGGAGAGCUCUGCGUGUGCUCCGUUGCCACGGGAACAUCCUAUUAUGGGCUCACGGGCAUGACGAAAAACACGUUCGAGGUGUUCCCCAUGAGCACCUCCGGAGCCCCCAUCAGCGAGUACCCCUUUACACGGACAGGCCUUCUGGGGUUUGUGGGCCCCGGGGGCCUCGUCUUCAUCGCAGGGAAGAUGGACGGCCUGAUGGUGGUGGGGGGGCGGAGACACAACGCUGACGACAUUGUGGCCACCGCCCUGGCAGUGGAGCCCAUGAAGUUUGUGUACAGAGGAAGGAUCGCAGUGUUCUCCAUCACGGUGCUCCAUGAUGAGCGGAUCGUGGUGGUGGCGGAGCAACGACCUGACUCCACCGAGGAGGACAGCUUUCAGUGGAUGAGCCGCGUGCUGCAGGCGAUAGACAGCAUCCACGGGGUAGGCGUGUUCUGCCUGGCUCUGGUCCCUGCCAACACCCUCCCCAAAACCCCCCUGGGGGGCAUCCACCUGUCAGAGACCAAACAGCUGUUCCUUGAAGGCUCUCUGCACCCCUGCAAUGUCCUCAUGUGCCCGCACACCUGUGUCACCAACCUGCCAAAACCCAGACAAAAACAGCCAGAAAUUGGCCCUGCCUCUGUGAUGGUGGGGAACCUGGUUUCGGGGAAGAGGAUUGCCCAGGCCAGUGGUCGGGACCUGGGCCAGAUCGAAGACAAUGACCAGGCAAGAAUGUUCCUCUUCUUGUCAGAGGUUCUGCAGUGGAGGUCCCAGACUACUCCAGACCACGUCCUGUACACACUUCUCAGCUCACGGGGGGCGAUAGCCAGCUCUUUGACCUGCCUCCAGCUACACAAGCGGGCAGAGAAGAUUGCGGUCAUGCUGGUGGAACGGGGCCAUCUGCAGGAAGGAGAUCACGUUGCACUCGUCUAUCCCCCAGGGGUGGAUCUGAUUGCGGCAUUUUAUGGCUGCCUGUAUGCCGGUUGUGUACCCAUCACCGUCCGCCCACCGCACCCCCAGAACAUUGCCACCACCCUGCCCACCGUCAAGAUGAUCGUGGAGGUGAGUCGCUCGGCCUGUGUGAUGACUACACAGAUGAUCUGUAAGCUGCUGAGGUCAAAAGAAGCGCUGGCUGCUGUGGACAUCAGGACAUGGCCCCCGGUGCUGGACACAGAUGAUUUGCCAAAGAAGAGGCCAACUCAGCUGUACAAGCCGUCCAACCCUGACACUCUAGCCUACCUGGACUUCAGUGUGUCCACCACCGGCAUGCUCGCAGGAGUCAAGAUGUCUCACAACGCCACUAGUGCCUUCUGCCGUUCAAUCAAGCUGCAGUGCGAGCUCUACCCCUCCCGCGAGGUGGCCAUUUGUCUGGACCCCUACUGCGGCCUGGGCUUUGUGCUUUGGUGCCUUUGCAGUGUGUACUCAGGGCACCAGUCCAUCCUGAUUCCGCCCUCGGAGCUGGAGGUCAACCCAGCGUUGUGGCUGCUGGCUGUCAGUCAGUACAGGGUGCGGGACACCUUCUGCUCCUACUCCGUCAUGGAGCUCUGCACCAAGGGUCUGGGUCUGCAGACCGAAUCACUCAAGGCCCGUGGCCUGGAUCUGUCCCGGGUCAGGACCUGCGUGGUGGUGGCGGAGGAGCGCCCCCGGAUAGCGCUCACUCAGUCUUUUGCCAAGCUCUUCAAGGACCUGGGCCUCCACCCCCGGGCCGUCAGCACCUCCUUCGGCUGCAGGGUCAACCUGGCUAUCUGUCUGCAGCCACACAGGCUUGGGAAACCUCCCGAACAGGGCACAUCUGGACCCGACCCAACCACUGUAUAUGUGGACAUGAGUGCCCUGAGACAUGACAGGGUUCGGUUGGUGGAGCGAGGGUCCCCUCACAGUCUGCCCCUCAUGGAGUCAGGAAAGAUUUUACCUGGCGUCAGAAUCAUCAUCGCCAACCCUGAAACCAAGGGUCCUCUGGGAGACUCGCACCUGGGAGAGAUCUGGGUCCACAGCGGCCAUAAUGCCAGCGGUUACUUUACCAUCUAUGGCGAUGAGUCACUGCAGUCAGAUCAUUUCAGCUCACGCCUCAGUUUCGGGGAUACCCAGACCAUCUGGGCCCGCACAGGGUACUUGGGGUUCCUCCGGAGGACAGAACUGACGGAUGCCUGUGGAGAGAGGCACGACGCCCUUUAUGUGGUGGGUGCGCUGGAUGAGGCCAUGGAGCUGAGGGGCAUGAGGUACCAUCCCAUCGACAUCGAGACCUCAGUGAUCAGGACCCACAAGAGCAUCACAGAAUGUGCGGUGUUUACUUGGACUAACCUGCUGGUGGUGGUGGUGGAGCUGGACGGCUCGGAGCAGGAGGCCCUGGACCUGGUUCCGCUGGUGACCAACGUGGUCCUGGAAGAGCACUACCUGAUCGUGGGAGUGGUUGUGGUGGUGGACAUCGGGGUCAUCCCCAUCAACUCACGUGGGGAGAAGCAGAGGAUGCACUUACGGGAUGGCUUCCUGGCCGACCAGCUAGACCCCAUUUACGUGGCCUAUAACAUGUAGCCCCCAACCCCCCCGGUCCUGCCGCCCUGUCCCACUCGUAAUGGCCUCUUGAAGGACCACGCUGUACUGUGUGUAUGUAGAGCAAAUAACAUGUAAUGUCCAAAAUGGAGGAUGCACACGGAAAUUAAGCGAAAGGAAGGAGAACGAGAACGAGAACUGAGAGAUUAGUGUGUAUGUGUGUGUGUGUGUGCGUGCGUGUGUGUCAGUGCUACAUUGGAAACUGCAUCAAAAUCGACGCAGAGAAUUCACUUCUACCGGAGGACAGUAGAUGCCAGCCGCUGCUUUCAUUAAUCGCAGGGGCUUGGCUGGAGCCCGCUCUUACCACCUGCUUCUCGCUUCUUUGGAAAACGUCUUUUAUAACAAGUGUGGUUCUAUAUUUUCAUCCUUGUGUGCUGAAGUUGCUUUGUUUUUUUAUAAUCCACCCUCUAAGAGGCAAGGGUAUUUUUUUAUAUUUACAUACUGUGGCAAAUUGUACUUUACGUUGUUUACCGUUUGCUGUUUUUCGUUGGAAUACGAUUGAACACAGAUGAAGGUAUGUCAGCAGCAGCACGUAUGGCUUGAUGGGGAGGUACGAAAUGCUGACGCUGAGGCUUCUCGGAUCCUGUAGCAUGUGCAGCUGUCAAGUGCUGUCACCCAUUAACUAUAUGAACCAAUAGUUCCUUCCCCUCUUCAAAAAAUACUUUGCUUGUUAUCACAAAGUCAGUUGAUAACUCACCAAAACCUCCCUUCCAUAUCACUGAAGAAAAAAAGUGCUUGAUUUUAUUUUGUUAUUUAAUGUCGAUUGAAUAUUAAAUUGCCAUCGAAGGAUUGGCUGCCAAUUUAGCUGUUAGUAGUCACCAGUCGGUAGGAGGAGAUGUGCGUUAAAAAACAGACAUCUUUACACUCCAUGUGCUCAGUACAGCUGUAUAGUAUAGAAAGUAUAACACUACGUUUCUUCAUGCCAUGUAAUUAUGUACAAAAGCUUUUUUUAAUUUUAUUUAUUUUAUUCUGUUCAGAAAUAUAUGAGAGAAGGCAUUUGCUAAAUGUUUUACUCUUUAAAAAUUUGCUAAUAUAAAAUAUUGUAAUUAUCUUGGGUGAAUAGGAUCACUACAAGUUUAUAAAAACUAUAAAUAUAUAAAUAUAUAGAUAUAUAUAAAUAUAUAUAAAAAGACCUAAGAUUCACCAUUGAAAUGUUUUAGAAAUGCAGAACUUCUUACAUGCAUGGGGUCUUGAAAUCAAGUGUAAAGUGCAUUGUUUGAAGUCGCACUCCCAGUGAAAGAUCCCCAAGAGCACCCAUAAUAUAAAAUCCACUGACAGAAUACACAUAUAAGCUGGAGGGGAAGAAAAAGCUAUUAAGAAAUAAUAUAAAACUAAAUUGAAAAAUUCAUUCUGGAGAUUUUAUCAUGCUUGCUAUUUGUUUGGAAAGGACAAGUUGGCAGAAGGGCAUCACUGAGAACCGUUAACAUAUGUGCACAAUUUUAGUUGCAAAGUUGUUGACAUUUAUUUGACAACUUAAAAAAAAACAAAACCUAGAAAUAACAGCUCUGUACUCUUUACUAUCAUGACAAUAUGCACUACUUGAUUUGAAUGUUAAGGUUUUAUUGUUUUGGCCCUUGGACAAGGAUAACCAACGGCUGACUUACUGGUCACACAGCAGCGGUUUUCAUUACCUGAAUUCAUGAUUAAAUGCAUAUGCCAGUAACCAUGACAAUAUCAAUGAUGAACUGUGUUGAUUGUACAGUAUACUUUGAAUUUUGUGGUCCAUAAUUUUUGGCAUAUUUUAUGUGUUGAGUCUUUAGGCUUUUCUCAAUCCAUUUUUGCAUAUUUGCUUUGCGCUAAAUUACUGUUUGAAAAGUUGAUUCAUUAAGGAUAUAUUAUUGGUAGUAUAUAUGUAUUUGGCAGAUGCCUGUAUCGCCACUUACAGGGCAUUAAUAGAUGCAGUGUAGCGUACAGUACCAUACAAACAGCAAGUAGUGAAGUCACCCCCCUCACCCAUCACCCCCAACAUGUCCUUCCAAUGGAUUCAUUUUUUAAAUUUGUAUUUUUUGCUUUGAUCUUCAACGGUCACAUAUGUGCCCAAAUGCACAUCAGUUGUCCUGUGUUCUUUAGAAUAGCCCAGACAACAUAAAACCACGUGGAAGCUUUCUUAGAUUGAAAACCACUAUAGACCUCAACACAAUGCAUCCAAAUUAAGAACAAUGUUGAGAGAACCCAUGAGCAUGCUUAUUUUUGGGAGUGCCUCCCCCCUCCCAAAAAGAGAAUUUCCCAGAUGAAUUCACUACUCAAUCAAAAUAGUUAAAAUGUCAUCAUCACAGUUAGCUCAACUACACCGUGUUGAUAAAUUCUUUUUUUCCAUAUGAAAUCAAGCAUGUGCUUUUUGCUUUUCUUAUGAUGAAGCAGAAUGGAGGAGCCCAAGGGUGUGUCCAUGUACACAGGGAAGUACAAUACCUGAAGAGUGGAGUACCAGUGUGAACAGAUCAAAAGGAUUUACGAUGAUGCACCUGUAUUGUGAAAGGGUCAAAUGGUUCUUUUUUAUAUUAUCAAUCUAAUGUUUAUUUAUGGGAACUGGUUUACAAGGUGUUUUAGUGACAACACAAUUUCUUUCUCGUUUUUUUUUUAAAGAGGAAAAAAGUCUUACAAGUAUGUGCUUGGAAGAUUUGAUGAUAAUAAUGAUGUCAUUCCCAAAUAAAAAGAAAGAUUUUCCUUUUUAAAGAAAAAAAACUGUGCACAUAAUUUUUAGACAUUUCUAUGACGUAAUUUCCAUCUUUCACUUGGAAAUGAUAGGCCUCUUGUAAGAGUGUCUGCAUGGCGUCUGUAAAUAUUGUUGGUUACUGAAAAAAAUUUGUAUGGUUCAGGUGUGUUUGAAACUUCUGUUUUUGUAUACAUAAUUAAAGGUAUUUAAAAAAGAACA